CUUAAAAAUAAGGUUGAUGGGUUGGUAUGUGCUUCAUCCAACCCGAGAGCCGAUCUCUCAACAAAUGUGUAGUAGAAAGUGGAGAUGGAUCGGGCAUACAUUGAGGACAUCGCACAUCAGGCCAAUGCCCAAGUGCUAUUCCAAUCGGAAGCGAUGAGUGGGUCGUCAGUGCGAGGGUGACAUGGGGGAGGAGAUCAUGUGGGGGAGAGAUGAGAAAGUUUGGUCGAUCGUGGAUCCAGAUGAAGAGGACUGCAGAAAACAGAACAAAGUGGAGAUGUAUUGUUAAAGCCAGGCCUAUGUUCCACAUAUAUUACCAAACG